AUGGAAAGCAAAGAAAGCAAAGAAACCAAAAGGGAAAAAGAAAUCAAAAGCGAAAAAGAAAUAAAACCGAAUAAGUAUAAUUUUGAAGCAAAACAGCCAUUUGUUCCACCACAACUACUCCCCUUUGUACCGGAACCAGAAACACCAACACCAGAUGACCGGAUCCCUAUAGAAUAUGUGGACAUGUUUUUAACAGAUGACACGAUUGAGAACCUGGUGCUCGAGUCCAACAAGUAUGCUACUGAAAAGACAGGGUCGUGUCCCAACUUCACCAAAGCAGAGCUUCAGAAUUACUUUGGCAUAUAUUAUUUGAUGGGUAUUGUUCGACUUCCCAAGAUCGAUGACUACUGGAGGUCUGAUUUGCGGUAUGGGUAA